AUGCAAAUACCCCUAGGGACUCUGGAGCUUCAGUACCCAGUGGGCCACCGUGAUGGCUCUACGCUAUGCAGAGGUAGCCAAGAUGCGGGCGCAAAGUCAGCAAAGAAGUCGUUAUUUGAAGGGGCUGCGCAAGCUCUCGGAGGCGAUGACCAUGAAAGUAUUGACGCCUUACCGCGACCCUCUUCGGAUCAAUCUUCCACCCAACGGCAAACUGACUCUUUCCUGGAAUACCAGUUCUCUGGAGGCCCGCACGGACCUGAUGAGGCUAGCGCAGCUUCAGUCACCGAGAAAUUCGAAACAGCACCGCAUGGGACUGAGUCUGCGGCAGAUGCCGAUUUGAUAGACGCAUUCCUUACGGAAGGAGAUGGCAUUGAUCAGUGGUUUCUCGAUUUCAUCCUAGAUCCGACAUCUACUUCAUCGGCAGGAAGCGGACUAGAGGAUGUUAAGAGCACAAAGGAGCUUGCUGGCGAAGUUGAAGCCAAAACGGGUGACCAGGUAACGCCCAGUAGCAGCUCGAGCUCUGAAGGUCAGAGUCCGGCCGCUCCUGGCAGUACGAGUGCCGACGCUCGCCCAGUAGCAGCUCGAGCUCUGAAGGUCAGAGUCCGGCCGCUCCUGGCAGUUCCCUCACAUGAUUAUUCUUCGGCGGCUUCCAGCUCAAUCUACCAGCUACUGCAUUUCACACCUCAACAUCUCACGUCAACGGGUCCGUUGGAUGCGCCAAGGCCUUUGCACAGUCAAAUUCCCGCCGAUGAAGGAGCGCUGCGACAUCACCCAUUCUACCGCUUGCCAAGGGCUGAUUGUUCACACAACCUUAUACCCUUUAGUUUUUCGAGGGCCACAAUCCUUACCCCUCAAACCAGGAUCCCCGAAGUACUGACGUCAAUUCAGACACUUCUGAUGAAACCGCACCUCGGGAGUGACGAGGUUCAGUCAUUGAUGAUGCUGGCGGAGAAACUGGUUAAAGAUGUUUUUUGCAUGGGCAGAUUUACGAAGGGCUUUGUCCGCUUCUGGAGCUUAUGCGAAUCCAUUAUGCGUCGAUUUAUCAUAGCGGAUGCACUGUGGAGCAUUUGUGAAGUGGUUGGUCCGUCAAUGCGAAUGCAGGAGUGGUGGGGUCCAGUUAUGGACAGGCUUCUGGUACUUCCUAGUGCUAAGGUAUCCUUUUUGCAAACGCAAACAGACCGAUUUCUUAUCGUCCGCCGGCUAAUUGCUGCGCUGCAUACGUAUCGCGCGGGCCGCCGUCCCUCGGCUAGUGAGGUAAUUGCGCUCAAGAGAGAGAUAUUUUGCUCUGGAAAUGGCCCGGGUUCGUUCCGCUCACCUGCAUAUGACAUGUUUAGAAGCAUUGAUGGUUGCUGA